AUGGGGGGAAUAGGAAAGACAACAAUUGCUAAAGUCUUGUUUGCCAAACUAUUUGCCCAAUAUGACCAUGUCUGCUUUGCUAAAGGAAAAGAAUCUUCACCUAGUAAGCUUCUCUCUGAGCUCCUGAAGGAAGAAAUCUCCCCAUCUAACAUUGUAGGUUCCACAUUUCAUAUGAGGAGGCUCAGAAGUAGAAAGGUUUUCAUUGUUCUUGACAAUGUUGACAACUUAGAUCAGUUUGAAUAUUUAUGUAGGGGUUACAAUGACCUGAGUAACGAUAGCAGACUUAUCAUAACAACAAGAGACAGACAGUUGCUGAGUGAAAGAGUUGAUUGGAUAUAUAAGGUCAAGCAAUGGGAAGAUCCGGAAUCGCUAAAGCUUUUUUGCCUAGAAGCCUUCCAGCAAAACCUUCCGCCAAGAAACUACGAGGAUCUCUCACAAAGCGCGGUCACUUAUGCAGGGGGGAUUCCACUGGCACUGAAGCUUUUGGCUUUGCAUCUUCGUUCAAGAGAUAUUGAGUUUUGGGAAAGUACUUUCAGGAAGCUCGAUAAGCAUCCUAAAGAGGAUAUUCACAAAGUUUUAAAGUUGAGCUAUGAUGGAUUAGAUGCACUGGAGAAGAAGAUAUUUCUAGACAUUGCAUUCUUUUUCAAAGGAGAAAACAAAGAUCGUGUCGCCAGGAUACUAGAUGCUUGUGGUUUCGAAGCAAGUAGUGGAAUUGUAGUCCUCAAAGACAAGGCCUUGAUUAGCAUCUCAAAUAACCUUACAAUACAAAUGCAUGACUUGCUACAAAAAAUGGGUUCGGACAUAGUAUGUAAUGACUCUGGCAUAAACCCUGCAAUACAUACUCGAACUCGACUCAGUGGAGCAGAAGCUCGUGCAGUAAUUGAAGAAAACAAGGGGAAUAGCUCAAUUGAAGGCAUAACAUUGGAUUUGUCUCAAAUUAAUGAUAUGCUUUUAAGUGCGGACACAUUCACCAAGAUGAAAGCCUUAAGAAUUCUCAAAUUCUAUGCACCCUCUAACCAGAGAUGUACCAAUACAUAUCUCAACCUUCCCACAUUCCUUGAGCCGUUUUCAAAUCAACUGAGGUAUUUUGAGUGGAAUGGAUACCCUUUUGAGUCUCUUCCACAACCUUUUUGCGCUAAGUUUCUUGUUGAGAUCCACAUGCCGCACAGCAAUCUAAAACAACUGUGGCAGGGAACGGAGGAACUUGGUAUGUUAGAAGGAAUUGACCUGAGUGAAUGCAAGCAUUUUGAACGGCUUCCGGAUUUGUCUAAGGCCUCGAGUCUUAAAUGGGUAAAUCUCUCUGGUUGUGAGAGUCUGGUUGAUCUUCAUCCAUCUGUUUUAUGCGCAGAAUCGCUUGUUACCUUGAUACUGGAUGGGUGCACAAAGGUUAGAAGCGUUAGAGGUGAAAAACAUUUUAUUUUCUUGGAGAAGAUCAGUGUGGAUGGGUGCACAAGUCUGGAAGAAUUUGCAGUGUCCUCGGAUUUAAUUGAAAAUUUGGAUUUAAGCAGUACAGGGAUCCAAACACUGGACCUAUCAAUCGGGCGUCUUCAAAAACUGAAACGACUUAAUCUCCAGAGUUUAAGACUCAAGCAUCUUCCAAAAGAGUUAUCUAGUGUGAGAUCUAUUAAGGAGUUGAAGAUUUCUGGCAGCAGACUAAUGGUUGAGAAACAACAGCUACAUGAACUGUUUGAUGGCUUACAAUCCAUAAAAAUAUUACAUAUGAAGGAUUUUAGAAACCUGUCUGAACUCCCGAACAACCUCAGCGUCUUGUCAAAAUUAAAGGAAUUAAACCUUGAUGGAAGCAACGUGAAGAGGUUACCUGAAAGCAUAAAUCAGCUUCAAGAGCUGGAAACUCUGUCUUUGGUGAAUUGUAGGAAGCUUCGGUGCCUACCAAAGCUUCCGCCUCUCAUCAAACAGUUAUAUGCUGUUAACUGCACGUCACUGGUUUCGGUGUCAAACCUCAAAACAUUAGCAUCAAAGAUGAUGGGAAAUGCCAAACACAUUUCAUUCAAAAACAGCUUGAGUUUGGAUGGACAUUCACUUGAACUUAUAACGGAAAGUCUCAACUUAACAAUGAUGAGUGCUGUGUUUCAAAAUGUGUCCGUAAGAAGACAUGAGAACGUCCACAGCUACAACUAUACCAGUGUUGAUGCUUGUCUACGUGGAACAAGUAUCCCGAAGCAGUUCAAAUGUCGAACAGCUACUGACUCCUCCAUUACAAUUCAACAACUUCCUGAUCGAUCCAUAUUGCUGGGAUUCAUUUACUCGGUGAUUCUUUCUCCAGUAGGUGGGAACAGAAUGAACAAGGAUGGAGCUAGAAUACAAUGCCAAUGCAACUUGGGACAAACCGGUAUAAAGACUACAUGGCUAAAUACGGAUGUCACGGACCUGAAAUCGGAUCACAUUUAUGUGUGGUAUGAUCCAUUCCAUUGUGACAGCAUUCUCAAAUUUUAUGAACCAAAGAUUUGUUAUGAGUUCUGCGUUACAAACGACACAGGGGAAGUUGAUGGUUCAAUUGGCAUUAUUAUCAAAGAGUGCGGGGUACGACUAGUGAGUGUUGAAGAAUUGGAGAGUGUUUUGCCGGAAUUGGACUUGGAUUUGGAUAAGAAAAUGGAAUUGAAGAGGGGAGUAAAGAAGGAAAUUGAAGCCUCUGACUAUAAGACGGAUCAGAUACCUAAUCAGCAACUAUACACAAGUCAAAAGAGUUCCAGCGAUGGCAAACACGUAGUUAAACUAGAUUUAGUUGAAGAAGACAGUGAGAGUGAAAACCACAUUUUUAACGGGGAAAAGAGCAUGGAGUCUACUAGUGAGGAAACCAAGAGCAUGAUCAUCUGCAACGGAGCUCCCCUCAUUUUGGUGCCUAAGUUGUUUCCGCAGCUAAAAAGUAGAGGAAAUGAAGCAAGUGCUGGAUUGCAUGUACAACUUGUAGAGUCAGUUGCCGGAGAAAACAAUUUUGAAGAGACCAAGCAAAAAGGACAAGUUAUUGUUCCUGAAAAUGAAUCAGAUGAGGACCCUUUUAAUGAACUUUUGAACAUUUUAAUGGGAAGUCCAAACUCCUCACCGAAAGAAACUUGUUCUACAAGCGACACUGCUGUAAGUACUGCCUUGAAUAACCUCGAGUGGCUGUUGAAAAAUUCACUCAAGUCCAUUCUCUACGACGCAGAGCUACAACAACAAUUACACGUCUCUUUGGAAUGCAUCAAACAUGCAUCCCGUGAAAAAGUUUCUCCUAAUGUUGUGAAGCUUGUCCAGAAAAUGAUACCCUCUAUUAAGAACCUUUUCAAAGACUUUGUCAUGAUUGAAAAAGUGGUUGAGGAUCACAUUAAUGCUUUGCAACAAAAAGAAAACAAGACGCGGCAAGUGAUAGAUGGUAUGAAACAGAAGAAAUCAAAGGAGAAAGAAAAGAUUCAGUUCGAGGAUGAAGUCAAGCGUCUUGAAGAAGAUGGCAGACGGGUUGAUGAAAAAAUUCAGAUUCUUGUUGAGCAAAAGAAAAGUAUUGAGCUGGAAAAAACCAAGUUGAAGGAGAGAAUGAAAAGAUGUGAAGGCGAAAAGAAGGAAUUGGAUGAUGAGGCUAAGAAUAUGAUAACUGAGGCCAAAGAGCUGAUGUCGAGGAUAAAGAAUUCUGAACCUUUGUAUGCUGCUGCCCUGUCACAGCAGCAGAAGUUGAAUGACAAUUGGGAAGGUUUUAGAACAGAUUUUGCAGACAACUAUGGAAGUAGCCGAGAAGAGUAGAUAACAUGCUUAAAGCUGGAAAUUUUAUGUAAGCAGUUGCCUUAAUCACCCAAAGAAUUGGAUUUACUCCAUGCUUGUUUAACCAAUGAAUUGAUGGUUGAAAGUCAUGGUUUGAAUGUAUGAAACAGACCAGGAAAGUCUUAAAGAAGCAAUACUGCACAAUUAGAAAGCAAAUGAUUUCAACAAAUGUGUUGUUGAAGACAAACAUUCGACAGAUAGUGUGGUUAUUAUCCAAGAGCAAACUUUUGUAACUAUAGUGUAUCGUGGUAUGGUUCUCCCAAACCAGAUAUUCAUUUUAGUAAUGGAUACAUAGGAAAGAAAAAAAAAAGAGAGCAAAUUAUCAUAAUAAAUAAAAAAAUUCAUAAUGAAUGUAUUAGAGGUGUACAAUGUAAAUCAUGAAUACUAUAGAAUGUAAAUAAGGAAAAUGGGCUUUAGACAUUGUAUAUAUAGUAGCUAACAAAGACUUUUGUAGGUAAAAAUCAUAGAGUGUAACAGAAUUUGGA